AUGUUCGCCAUGUCCAUGUCGAAGCCCUGUUGUAAAAACCCGAAAAAUCUGUUCUGCUUCGUGUGCGGCCUGUACAUACUGUCGCACCAUAAGCGAUCGAUCAUGACGCGCCCUCUACUGGAAGCGUACGAGGCACACUUUAAGGUACGAACAAGCAAGGAACACUAUAUGCAAGGACCACCGUCCGUUUGUAACAUCUGCAAUAAUGCACUAAUGCGUUGGAAGAACGGCAUGUGUCCGAAACCGGAGCUUCCGUUCGGCAUACCGAUGCUGUGGAGCCCUGCCACAGAUCAUGAAACGGAUUGUUACUUUUGUUUGACGCGCACAGCUCCACUGAAGGAUACGAAGUUUGGGAGAAUGAUGCAAUCGAUGGCUGCGGUUGAAUAUCCGACAGUGCGAUCGGCAGUCAGGCCAAAACUCUUUGCAACUCGGCCGGCAGCUGUAUCUCAAACACCGCCAGCAGUAGUCAAGUCAGAAAAGGUUGACAGUUCAGUCAAUUUAAUACGCACGUACCCCGGGCAGGUUAAACUAAGAGACUCGACAACUAUGAUGCAGGUAGAACGGCGCAGCCUUCCGGCGCAAAACGUUGUUUCCAGUGUGCAGACCAACCCAUCCGUCGUCACUACGAGUACGCUGAAACGUAAGGUCGACUCGGGCCUCUGCGUGUCGUAUGGUAUGACGAAGGUUCGGCUCCGCAAUUCAGAACCAACAAUUGUGCUGGACAAGUGCACAAAGCUACUCCCAUCGAAUCCGUCAGCGAUCAUAAGCCGUCCGAUGACGCCUAGUAGCCAGAACGCACCCAGAAUAUUGAACGUGUUCUCACUGAACAAAGAUGCAGCGAAAUGCGAAACAAUUUCUUCAAUGCCACCCGCUAAGGUACCGGACCAACCACAAAUAAAAAUCGAAGUUGUUGACGAUGAAGAAGAAACGGUGGUCCCAACCAAACAAAUGAAAAUGCAACCGAUUAAUGGUGCAGUUGUGAAGCUUGAAACAAUCAAGCAAGAAAAAGUACCAACGAUAGCCCAACCAAAGGCUUCAAUGGAAAUUCCGGGAUUUAAGGUAAUAAAGAUAGCAUCUGGAAUGCCCUUUCCAACCAAAACAGAGCAAAAAGUUAUACCGAUACGCCCUGUUCGUUGCUACAACAUGAAAAAUCUGUCAACCACUAACGCCGGUGAAAAGACGGUGAAAAUCGUACCGUCCCUGACCGUCAAAAAGACAGUAGAUAUGGCCGCUUCACCGAAACCAGCAACUAUUGUUGCCACGCAGACCAACAAAGCAACACCCGAGCAGCAGCAGAAAACUGCACAGGCUACCCAGCCGAAAUAUUGCUUCAUCAACGUGAAAGAUCUGCCAUCCUCUUCCGCUAGCACCAAUGAAAGGACCAUUAAAAUAAUAUCGCCUGCCAUCGGUCAACAGCUGACCAAUACAGAGCAACAAUCUACAUUGAAUGCAGCGUCUGCUACCGCAUCACCCAGCAGCAAGGUAGUAACGCCCGAGCAGGACGAUAUACCGCAUCGCAUCUCCCAAUCGGAGCUGAUACUAUUGUUGCGUGAAUUGGAGUUGCCGAAGGAAAAAUCCGCCAUUCUGAUCGAUCGGUUGAAGCGAUGGAAUCUGCUGGCGGUCGAGAUGGUGGGCACGAACCGUGUACGAUCACUUGAGCCGACAACAACACAACUAACUCCUGUCACACCAGUAUCGCCAGCAUCAUCUUCACCACCACCACCACCACCACCAGCAUCGCAGGAAGAGGGUCAACUGGCACAGUCAGAAACCGGGGCCACGCUGGCCAAUAUGAAGGACAUUCAGGUUCACAAUACCCGAGCAGCAAACAGGCAGUCCGCUCCACCGAUCAUAAUCAGCAGUGCCGCGAACCGCACAAAAGCCGCCACCGUAAGCAAACAGGAUAACGGAGGAAAACCCAACUCGUCCAUGAUGGUUUUGGUGAAGGGCGAGCAACGACGGCAUUCUACUGUAGCUGGGUCGGAAAAGGCAACAAUUACCCUACCGCCACGGGGUAACAUCACGACUCGCAGUGCAGCGAAUGCACUGGUAAAACAGAACGUUACCACGCCAAAGGUUAAAUGA